UUCUCAUUUUAAGUUCCUUCCUUAUGUGAUAAACCAAAAACCUCCGGUUCUGAAAAACCUUUGAGAGUGGUAGGUAGGACGAGUCUUUUGAUUUAACGAGAGUAUAGCCGCCGUGUCUUUUCGCAUAGAGGGAGUGUCGCCGCCGUGUCGGAGGCGCAGAGUGAAGAAUGCUUAAGCUGAGCCACUCUCCAUCUCCCUCAGCAACGCUUUCCAACCACCACAUCGAUUCCUCUCUCCCUUUCCAACGACCCUUCACUCUAGGGUUUCCCAUCAGUCGCACCACCACCACCACUUCAUCUUCCUCUUCUCUGAUGCUCCUCAAGCACCACCACACUCCUUCUCGAACCUCCCUCCAACCUCCUCACACUUCUCACAGGAAUGAUGAUUUGCCUGUACAUGGGGUUUCGGAGACGAUUGUGGGUGUAUUGGGAGGAGGCCAAUUGGGUCGAAUGCUAUGUCAAGCUGCGUCUCAAUUGGCAAUUAAGGUGAUUGUAUUGGACCCGAUGGAGAAUUGCCCUGCAAGUUCACUCUCACAUUAUCAUAUGGUGGGGAGUUAUGAUGAUAGUGCCACGGUCCAAGAAUUUGCCAAAAGGUGUGGAGUGUUAACUGUUGAAAUUGAGCAUGUUGAUGUGGUGACAUUAGAGAAGUUAGAACAACAAGGGGUGGAUUGUCAACCCAAAGCCUCUACUAUCCGAAUUAUACAGGAUAAAUUUCUCCAGAAAGUUCAUUUUUCGCGUCAUGGCAUUCCACUUCCUGAUUUUAUGCAGGUAGAUGAUUUUGAAAGCGCAAAGAGAGCUGGUGAACUAUUUGGCUAUCCUCUAAUGAUAAAGAGCAGGAGGCUUGCUUAUGAUGGGCGUGGAAACGCUGUUGCUAAGAGUGAAGAGGAGAUCUCUUCAGCAGUAAAUGUCCUUGGAGGCUAUGAUCGUGCAUUAUAUGUUGAGAAAUGGGCUCCAUUUGUAAAGGAGCUAGCAGUCAUUGUAGCUAGAGGACAAGAUAAUUCUAUCCUAUGUUAUCCUGUUGUUGAAACUAUCCACAGAGAAAGCAUUUGUCACAUCGUUAAGGCACCUGCUAAUGUGCCAUGGAAGAUCAGGAAACUUGCUACUGAUGUUGCUUAUAAAGCUGUUAGUUCAUUAGAGGGUGCUGGUAUUUUUGCAGUGGAGUUGUUUUUGACAGGGGAUGGUCAGAUUUUGCUAAAUGAAGUAGCUCCUAGACCUCACAAUAGUGGGCAUCAUACAAUUGAAUCUUGUUUCACUUCACAAUUUGAGCAGCAUUUGCGAGCAGUUGUUGGUCUUCCACUAGGUGAUCCAUCAAUGAAAACUCCAGCUGCUAUUAUGUACAAUAUACUGGGUGAAGAUGAGGGAGAACAAGGUUUCCUUCUGGCUCAUCAACUGAUUGGACGGGCAUUAGGUAUUUCAGGGGCAAGUGUUCAUUGGUAUGAUAAGCCAGAAAUGCGAAAGCAGCGAAAGAUGGGUCAUAUAACUAUAGUUGGCCCUUCUAUGGGCAUUGUGGAAACGGAGCUAAAAUCAAUGCUUAAUGAAGAAAUUUCGGAUGGUCAGACUGCAGUCAUACCACGUGUUGGGAUCAUUAUGGGUUCUGAUUCAGAUCUUCCUGUUAUGAAGGAUGCUGCAAAGAUUUUGAAUAUGUUUGGCAUGUCUCAUGAGGUGAGAAUAGUGUCAGCACACCGGACCCCUGAAACCAUGUUUUCUUAUGCCUUGUCUGCUAGGGAGCGGGGGAUUCAGAUUAUCAUUGCCGGUGCUGGUGGUGCUGCGCACUUGCCAGGCAUGGUAGCUGCAUUGACCCCCUUGCCUGUUAUUGGUGUUCCUGUACGCGCCUCAUCACUGGAUGGACUUGAUUCACUCCUAUCAAUCGUGCAGAUGCCAAGGGGAGUCCCUGUUGCAACAGUCGCAAUAAAUAAUGCAACCAAUGCAGGCUUGCUGGCAGUAAGGAUGUUAGGGGUUGGGGAUGCUGACCUACAGGCAAGAAUGUCCCAGUACCUAGAGGACACCAAAAAUGAUGUCCUGGUGAAGGCAGAGAAGCUAGAAAAGGACGGUUGGGAAACAUAUUUAAAUCCUUAGACUAAUGAAAAGUUUAGGGUUCAUGUUAGCCUCUUUUCACGGAUCUCUUUCCUCUCACAAUUAAAUUGAGUUUGGAAGGAAUUUUUCACCAAAUACAAAAGGGUGUUUAUCAACAAGAGACAUUGAGAUGAUUCUACAAAAACAAAAACCCCUAUCAAAAGGGGGCAUCGUAGAUCAGAGAUUACAAAGUUGCAAAAGCCCACAAGGGGGGGCAAGUGCCUGUGCCAAUUUCAAAAGUUAAGCUUGAUAGUUUCAUCGAAAAGAAGGUAGUGUAUUGAAACUACUACAUUGAUGAAUAUAUGAUUAUCAAGAUCCUGUUUCUUGACCAGUAACACUUGGUCAAUGAAAAUGGUUGUGUUUUUCAGUUGA